AUGGCUGCAUCAAUUGAUAGUGAUCAAGUACCAUUCCUUAGUUCAACUUCACAAACAAUUGAUAUGAUGGAAGGUGAUAUGACAUCAACUUCAAAUCGAACUAAUCAAAAUGAAUUAUCAACACUUGAUGAACCAGUUUUGGAUACAAUAAAACGUGAUCUUAGUGCUGUUAUUCGUAAAUUUGGUUAUGCUGUUAUUCCACGUCAAUCGACAACACUUUUACAACAAUGGGAUUUAUGGGGACCACUUAUUUUAAUUACAACAUUAGCUAUUCUUCUUCAAAGUAAUGCCACAAAAUCUAGUACUGGUGUGCAAUUUGCUGAAGUAUUUACAUUAAUGCUAAUUGGAUCUAUUGCUGUCACUGUUAAUUCACAAUUACUCGGCGGAAAAAUCUCAUUUUUUCAAUCUGUUUGUGUUCUCGGUUAUUGUUUAUUACCAUUAUUAAUAGCAGCAUUCAUAAAUAAUAUACUUUUAUAUAUCUCAACAAGCUCAUCAAUACCUAUUUUACAUAUAAUAAGAUUUUUAAUUGUUAUGGCUGCAUUUGCUUGGACAAUGUAUGCUAGUACACGUUUUCUUGGACAAAUUCAACAUCCAAAUCGUCGAAUGCUUGUACUCUAUCCAAUAUUUUUAUUUUAUUUUCUUAUUGCUUGGCUUAUUAUUCUCCGUGCACAUCCAAAAUAA